CGAGCGCGGGGGACACCCAAUUGAUCGGGCCCCGAGCUGCAAAAACGGCUUUACGCGUGGGGACGCGUUCAUGCAAAGGAUUCAGAUCGCGACUUUUCAAUUGGACACUUGUUGCCGGGUUGAUGUGAAGAGCUUGCGCAACCGGCAGACCUGCACAUCGGAGCUUGACGAUCUGCGGAUGAGUGCAGAUUCAUACGGCUUUGCUCAUCCAACUAGUCUCCCAAACAAAUUCGGUCUGUCAGGGUACCUUAGCCAAGAUGCUCAUUGGAAUCUGCGGUGGCAUCUGUGCCGGUAAGAAGAGCGUUGCUCAAUACCUGGUCGAGCAUCAUGGCUUCAGAUUGCUCCGCUUGACGGACCCUACCGCAACUCCACCCCGGGAAGAGGCUCCGGUCUCCAAACCUGCCCCGGCGCCGGAACCCCGGCCAGAGCCGGAGCGAGGUUUCUCUCAGUCCACCACCGGCAACAAUGCCGCGGGCUCCCAGCAGCAGUUCCCUUCAAAGAACAAGAAGAGGAAGAAUAAAGGAGCAGGGUCAGGACCGUUGGCGGGCGUAUGCUUCAACUGCAACGAGAAAGGUCACAGCAAGGCCGAAUGCCCUCACCCUCAAUUGGCCCCCGACGAGAGCAUAGAUACCGCCGUGGCUAUCAGCAAUAACGCAGACAGAGAGACAAAACAACAACAGAAGCCCGCAGUCACUCCCGCUCCUCUUACCAUCUUGAGCGGACAACCGCGUACCAACGGCGUUCACUCUCACUACCCCAACGAGCUCGUCUUCUCUUCCGCCGACGACCUGUUGGAAUACGUCACGACCCGUUGGCAAUCACGUUUCGUCACCACAGAUGUCCACAACGAAGCCAUUCUCGAUGUCCUCCACAGACGCCCCUUCUUCAUGCUCAUCUCCGUCGACGCUCCCUUGACAGUCCGCCACGCCCGCUUCCGCGCCCUACACAACCCCCACUGCACCCUCGAGUCCUUCGCCCUCGCCUCGGACACCCACCUCUACGACCCAAAACAGGGCCUGCAACCGCUCAUCUCCCGCGCGACCGUCCGCCUCCUCAACACCUCCUCCUCCAUCGCGCACCUCUACGCCACCCUCGGCAAGCUCGAUCUCGCCAACCCGGUCCGCCUCCGGCCCACCUGGGACGCCUACUUCAUGUCCCUGGCCGAGCUCGCCUCCCUGCGCUCCAACUGCAUGAAGCGCCGCGUCGGGGCCGUCCUCGUCGGGCGCGAGAAACGCGUCAUCUCCACCGGCUACAACGGCACGCCCCGCGGCCUGCAGAACUGCUCCGACGGCGGCUGCUCCCGCUGCAACUCGGGUAACUCCUCUGGCGUCGGCCUCGCUACGUGCCUGUGCAUCCACGCCGAGGAGAAUGCCCUGCUGGAGGCUGGCCGCGAGCGCAUCCGCGAGGGCGCCGUGUUGUACUGCGAUACCUGCCCUUGUCUGACGUGCAGCAUCAAGAUCUGUCAGGUCGGUAUCGACGAGGUUGUGUAUGCUCACGGGUACAGCAUGGAUACGGAGACAGCGGCGGUGUUCCGGCAAGCAGGCGUCAAGCUGAGGCAAUACAUUCCGGUAAGUUUCCUCGAGUGAUACUUAGCAUUGUCGAUACAAUACUGACAGAUUCUCAGCCUGCCAACGGACUGAUUCAUC